AUGUCCAUGAUGCAAUCCGUCAAGGCUGCGAACUGGAAAUUCGCGCCGCUAAAUCGGCCAUUUACCCCCGGCCCUCACACGCGGAAGCUAGAAGGGAUUGUCUUUGACGUCGACGGAACACUAUGCGAACCACAGACUUACAUGUUCGCCGAAAUGCGCUCGGCACUAGGCAUCUCCAAGAGCGUCGACAUCCUCGAGCACGUCUACAGCCUCCCCACCGCCGAGCAGCAGCACGAGGCGAUGGAGAAGAUACGUGCCAUUGAGCGAACAGCCAUGCUAAAACAGGUCGCGCAGCCCGGAUUAACACGACUAAUGUCGUACCUCGACGAGCGGGGGAUCCGCAAGGGCAUCUGCACGCGGAACUUCGACGCGCCCGUCAACAACCUACUGAGCAAGUUCCUCGCGGGGUCCGUCUUCACGCCCAUCGUGACGCGCGACUUCCGGCCGCCGAAACCCGACCCGGCGGGGAUCCUGCACAUUGCGCGCAGCUGGGGCCUGCUGCGCAGGAGCACCGGCGAGGCCGGGGUGCCCGCUUCGGGCGAGGAGGAGCAUCAACCGGAAACGGGUCCAGACGGCGCCGCGGGGCUCCUCAAGACGGAGACAGGGGAAGAGGUGGCCGACGCGAGCGCGCUGAUCAUGGUGGGCGACAGCAUCGACGACAUCACGGCGGGCCGCCGGGCCGGGGCCAAGACGGUGCUUCUUGUCAACGAUGUCAACCGCCACCUGGCCGACCACGAACAUACCGAUUUGGCAAUAUCGCGACUAGACGAGCUGAUAGACGUCCUGGAAAACGGAUUGCUUUGA